GUGAGGUGAAAGGAUAGGAGAGGUGACAGCUCUUAGUCAGUUAGCAGCGUGCGACUAACUCUCCCCGACAAAGUCUGUGUGACGGGAGCAGUGGGAGGACAAGACGAUCACCGCAGAACGGAAAAAAGAAUAAAAGAAGAAGGAGAAAACAGUCCAGGACUGCAGCCGAAACUAAGCGUUUACCACCAAAAGUAGAUUUAUAGAAGCGCAACGCUGGAGGUGCACCAUGUGAACAGCUCAUCUUUGCCAAGUCUCUAAAAGCUUACAGCAGAGUCAGCAGUGCAGUGUUGUUUCACCAUUUUCAGGGCCUAUUCGCAUAAAGAGCAAUGCCUCUGUUCGGCUGGAUGAAAUGGUCGACUCAAACGAGAGCGCAGCCUCGAUCUCCAAGCAGAGCGGAGCCUGUGCCCGGCCGUAUGUUGCUCACAGAGCUGCUGUGGCACCUGGAGGAACGAGAACGUCUGGCGAGACAACUGGAGCGGGAGAACCGGCUGGCCCACGGCGCCCUGGGUCUCCGCUGGUUCCAGAAAUACCCCAAACUACGAACCCUGGUCUCAUCGACAGAGCUACACCAGCUGGAGUUCCUCUGCUCACAGGUUCCACCUGUCCACACAGCCACCAUCGUCUCCAGGUUUCGCGAAGUGAUCGCCACCAGCGACGUACGGCCCUGGGAGCUGGCGACCGUCUUCAAACACAUCCUGAUCGACUUCCUCAACCAAAGACAAUAUAUUGAAGAAGAAGGCCUAUCAACGGAGGUCUGGAGCAGCCAGUACAAGAAGCAGGGCUCUGUCACUCCCAUAAUGCCCCAGGGCGGAAGUCAUGAAAGGGAAGAGAUCCCAACGGUCUCUGGGUACGUGGAUCGGGCCAUGCGCCACUCAAGUUCGUUCACACCCAGCAGGGUCUGGGAUCUUCCGUACUACUACCCUGGGCCUCUGAGACCCAAAGGAGAGAGUACAACACUGUGAGAAGAUACACCACCGUGUGGAGAAAUGUGAAAAUGUCCUGUGAUAUGCCAAGGAUCAAUUCUGUGAAAGAUAUUUCUCCCCCAACAGGUAGUUUACAUACUACUGAAAACCCCUCACUUGAGUUUGCAUUGUACCAGAGGGCUGCAGCAAUCUUGUAGUAACUGUAAAUAUGAAGAAAAUGCUUUCAUUAUUAACAUUUGAGAUUUUUUUCUGUCUCUGUAGAGUUUUUAUGAUGCAAGAAAAACAAAACAAAAACUAAAGAAGUCACUAUUUUCCUCUAAACAUUUUUAAAAAUCUCAAGGGUCUGGCUUUCGUUAUCCAACAUACCGCAAUAAAAUAGGAUUGGACAAUAAAUCAAUAACAUAUAUCAGGAUAGACAAAUGAUCAAUAUCAAUAGAACUGCACAGCAUUCUGGGAGAUGUAGUCAGAGGACAACCUUCAGCCUCUCACAGGUUGGUGGAAUCAACUAACCCACUCGCUCUUUGGUUACCUAGCAACAACCUCUGGAGUAACUUGCACAGCAGCAGUUUCAGGUUUUACCACCGUACCUCAAAACUGCUUAAAAGUGUCAAGUGAAAACUGUGCGUAAUAGAGAAAAGGUCAUCGGUUUGAUAAUAUUUCACAUAUUUUCAACAAAAAAAAAACGAUAAAUAAUUUUCAACAAUUAUUGAUACAGACUGAUGUGAAAGUCUAAUAUCAUAAUAGGAUUUUCCAGCCAUACAGUCCAGCCCUGCAAUAAACAAUAAAAAAAAAAACAUCUAGUUUAGGCUGUCAUGUCAGUGUGGCUGCUUUGUACAACAAUUUUAAAUUGAAAUUUUAUGUCCAAGUCUGUUACAAUAAUCAUUAAAUCAAACACUCUAUUAAAAUGAGCUCAAUAAUUUCCAUUCUGAUUGAUAUUUUUCGAAAGGUAAUUUUUUUUUAGAAACAUCACAAUCCAUUUCAUUUAUGGUUUUGGUUGUGUAUGAUUUUUAUUUAUUGUUUUGUGUUGUAGAGUGUUUCUUUUUUGGCUUUUUAAAAUGUCUUCCAGUUGCAGAGUGGACAGUUCUGCACAAAAUUAAAGUUUAUAAGGGCAAACUUCCGCUUUUAUUACAUUAGUAUCAUAUUAAUUGAAAAUGGUCUCAAAACAAUAUUAUUGUUUAUUUUUAAUAGUAAUAAUUUACUGGGCAGUUUAUCAUUCAGCAAAAUUUGUUAUUGUGUCAAGUCACAAAAAGCUUGAUUUCCUUUUACAUUUAAUACCAUAAUAUGUUUAUUUCCUGUUGAUCCAAGACAGAAACAGCUGGGAUUAAAAUGCAAUUUACUUUUAUUUAUGUUCUUCAUGAAGCAACUCUGCUUUGGACCUUUGGUUUAUUUCCAAUUAAAUUUGUACUAAGAAAAUGUGUCCAUGUGACAACAAUAAUUAUUAGCACCAGAUUUUUGUAGAAGCAUGUAUAUAUUCGUUAUAAAAGUAAAAAAAUUUCCAA